AUGGAGAAAGCAAGAGGUGGAUCACCAGACUCCCUGGAAGUGACCAACACAAUUAAGUCACUGAAGAUCAAUAAAAGCCUUGGUCCCAACAGUUACCCUUCAGAAUUCUAUAAGAACUUUUACUCCAGUUUGGCUGAACUGCUUGCUGAAGCUUGUAACCAGGUCUUCAGAAUAGGGAUUUUACCCCCAUCCUGGUCAGAAGCUAUGGUGGUAGUAUUAACAAAACCAGAGUUUGAAUAUAUACUCCAUAAUUAUAUUAGUAGCAACCGUGGACUGAUUUCUAAAAUGUAUCAGAUUUUAAUAAAAAUGGAAAAUAAAAGCCCUAUGUCAUACCAGAAAUUAUGGGAGUCAGAUGAUACUGAACGUUUUUGUACUAUUGUGUAUAAAGAAGUCUGUGAAAACUACGGAAAGAUUUUCACCUGGAAUUUGAAAUCUUCAGUUAUGGGUAGAAGAGGAAUAGAUGGAGCAGAGAUCAUGCGAAAUACCCUAGAACUUCCAGUCACCAAAGAAGAAAUACUGAAUGAAUGUGAACUUAGGCUAAACAAAUUAUAUCCCGCAUGUGCAUUGAUGCCAGGAGUUGAAAAACUAGUCCAUCACCUACAUCGACACAGUAUACCCAUAGCUGUUGCCUCCAGUUCAUCUCGAGAGCCAUUUGAACUAAAAAUAAGUCGACACAAAGAUUUCUUUAAAUUAUUUCAUCAUAUUGUGUUGGGAGAUGACCCUGAAUUGAAGAAUGGCAAGCCAGAGCCCGAUAUAUAUUUGAUUUGUUCGAAGAGAUUUAAACCAUCAGCACCUCCAGAAAAGUGUCUUGUAUUUGAAGAUGCUCCGGCUGGGGUCAAAGCAGGUCUGGCAGCGGGAAUGCAAGUGGUCAUGGUUCCAGAUGAAAACCUGGAUAAAGAUCUCACAAAAGAAGCAACUCUAGUACUUCAGUCUAUGAAUCACUUUAAGCCAGAACUCUUCGGUCUACCGCCAUUUCUCUGA